GAUGCUGCUGCACUCGCCAGUCCGUGAUGACGAGUAACACGAGCGAGCAGGACAAACAGCCUGCUUGUUUUGGUAUCCACGCGUGGAUCGUUGUAUCUGCCGUCCGCAUCUGCUACGUUCGAUGCUGACCUCAUUUUGACCGUCUAGCUUCGAGUCCCCCCAUCUGGCCACUUUCUUGAGGUCAACCACCAGCUUGUUUGCAAACAAGAGUCGGACCCUGCAAGGAAGACUUCCCCCCGCCCCGAUGCAUUGAUGCAACCCUUUCAGUUGUGCAACGGCUGCUUCUGUGGUCUGAUUCAGGACUACUCCAACAAGUCGUGCGCCAUGCCGCCCAUCACCUUCCAAGACCUGCCCCUAAAUAUCUACAUGGUCAUCUUUGGCACGGGCAUCUUCGUCUUCAUCCUAAGCCUCAUCUUUUGCUGUUACUUCAUCAGCAAACUUCGACACCAAGCCCAGAGUGAGCGGUUUGGAUACAGAGAGGUGGUUUUGAAAGGAGAUCCCAAAAGGUUGAAUCUGCACGGGCAGACGUGCGCCGUGUGUCUGGAGGACUUUAAGUUUAAAGACGAGCUCGGAGUGUUACCAUGCCAACAUGCUUUUCAUCGAAAAUGUCUUGUCAAGUGGCUGGAGGUGCGCUGUGUGUGCCCCAUGUGCAACAAACCCAUCGCCGGCCCCCCGGUGCAGCACCACAGCAUCGGUACCCUGCUGGAUGAACUGGUGUAACCUAGCAACCGCAUCUCACCUUGGUUGUAGUGGUGGUAGGCACCAACAGGGGAGAAGGACCAGUGUUUGGCUGCUGCAAGGACAUCAUAAGGGAACUUUGGGUCUGGCUAACCAACCAGACAAAGAUUCUGUUGAGGGAUGUUGUUACCUAGCAACCCAACCCUAAGAUGGCAACACGGAGGCACCUUCUUCAUAAUCUUCAACCACCCACACAUCCGUGCUUAAUCAGCCUUCACUCCACAUCUAUUUCUCUCCACACAUCUUCCCUCCACUGAGGUCAACGGUUUUGUUUUGUUUUUACAGCCAGAAGUGUUCAGUUGACUCCCGUGGGACCAAUGAGACGACCGCAUGAGUGUACAUCCGCGUAAUGUGAAAAAGAUGAGGACAAAGCUUUGUAGCAAGGACAUGGCGAUCAAAUGUGGCUUAAAGGAGAUGGAGGUUCUUCUUUUUUUUUUUUUUUUAAAUACCUAAUUUGAACUACAAAGUUCAAUUGUAGCAAUCACACACCAACACAUUAAUUCACCCUUUAUGGUGCAAGUGACCAAUCAGCAAAUCAAGGUAAUGAUAAUAACAAAAAACAUUUAUGAAAUAAUGUAAACAAAUCGUUACAUCAUCAAAUGAGUGAAAAAUUAAACAUUUUAAAAAUAUAUAUUUGACAAAGGUGCGGCAUGAUAUCAACUAAUACUAAAUGAUCAUUGAAAAAUAUUAAUUAUGGUUAAAGAAACGUACAUGCACUUGUAUUACCGUUCUGUCCAUUUGCUUACACACAAUUUUACUAACUGUGUCUUUUUUCAAAAGGAUUUACACACUUUUCCAAACACCACAUUCAAUUUUCUUAAUUCCUAGAUUAUUUGCAAAAUGACAUACUUUGGUCAAAACCAGGGGUGUCCUGGUUUUGAAAGUGCGGCCCAGGGGCCAUUUGCGGCCCGCAGUAAUUGUUUACCGGCCCGCCACACAUUCUGCAAAAAUUGCAAAAUUGAUAAUAUUGCAAAAAUUUAAAAAAACAUUUAAAAAAAGUGUAAUGAGGUGAAAUCUAACAAGAAAAAGUUGCAAUGUUGACACAAAGCUGACAUGCAGGCUGUUUUUUUUCUUUUGUCUUCGUUUCUUUUUCUUUUUUUUGCCAUUACUAAAAAAAAAUCUAUGUUAUAAUGAAUUAUUAGUUAAAAAUAUCACUUUAAAAUGUUUUAUGUGGAAAAAAUAUUGCAUAUAUUGUGUGGUUGCCAUAUAAAAACAUCAAAGUUUUAUUUGACAAAAGAGCAUAAAACAAACAAAAUAAUAGUUCAAACGUAAAAUCGACAGAUAUAUCUGAAGUUGAUCUCGUAAUUUAAGUGUUAAAAGUAAAAAAAAAACUAAUAAAAAUGUAUCACUUUAUGAGUGGGGGACCUUUUGGAUCCCAAAUAUAUUUAGUAGGAUUUUAUUUAACUUUUCACUGUGAUUACUCAAAAAUAUUAAAGAAUUAAAAUCAAUGGUGUCCUGCAUUAUUGAUCUUUUAAGGCUCUAAUUACUAAAUACUGCAUAUUUCAGUUUUACUAUAAAAAACAAAUUUGUCUUUGACAGAAAACCUUUUUUUUUUUUUUUUUUUACUUUAUAUCAACCUCAAGUUGAUAUAGAGAUUUACUGUAAGCGUUAAAUAAUAAUAAAAAAUAAUAAUUUGACUUAUUUUCAACAGUUUAAUGACUGAGACCCUUUAUAGUCCCCAGGAGCCCUAAAGGUUAAAAAAAAAAAAAAAUCCAUAUAUUUUGUUAAGAUUUGAAAAGGAAAAAUAUCAAAAUGGCCCCCGCAUGCUUAAAUUUUUCCGUGUACAGCCCUCAGUGGAAAAAGUUUGGACACCCCUGGUCAAAACAUAUGCCCAUUCCUCAAAAUAAAGCAAGCAUUUGUAAAAAUUCAGUUUUAUUGUCAUCUCACUCACACAGACUUCAAAUGAUAAGACACUAUUGGAGUGAGUUACCCAGAACAGUGAUGAAUACAAAACACAUUUAUAAAAAAAACGUAUUUUACUAUAAGAAAUCACAUGUUUGCGUCAUUUUGCCCGACCUUUUUAACAUAUGUGAUGAAUGAUUACUGUAACUUGACAAAAUAUAUGGGCAAAUCCACAGCAAUCGUCAUUGUUUACUUUGAAGUGGGCCUAUACGUAAGGACCUAAACAGAAAGUCAAAAUAUCCUGUAAUCUUUUCAAGAAGUGCUCAACAAUGAUGCUGCAAACUGAAAAUAUGUUGUUUUUUUUUUUUUACCACUGUCAGGUAAAGUAACAUAUCACAGUAGUCAAUAAUGACAUGCAGUACAAAUUAAAAUCUGAGACAAAUAAAAAGGUUUGGGAAAAAAAAUCUGUCUAGCUGGAUCAGGCCAUAGUAUCUCAUCCACAUCACAUGUGCAAGAUGGGAAGGUGUGUGUAAAGCAUUGUGUGUAAUAUUUCGCAAAAACUGUGAAGCAGAGUCUAUGCCUAAUAUUAGACAAAUCUGCACAGUGGUUUUGUUUACUGUGUGCAGACUUUAACUGUGAAAAUUUAAAAUUUAGUGUGUAACCAAAUGGAAAAAAACUAUUAUGACAAAUCUUUUUUUUUUAAAUGUUACUGAAAUUACUAUAAUAAUUAUAUAGGGUUCAACUUGCUCCAUAGAGGGUUAAUGUUGCACAUUAUUGUCUCUUAACAUGUUUUUAUUGUGUUAUCACUUAUCACACACUCAAUGGCAACAGUGUUACCUGCAAAAUAUAAUGUGAUCCAAUACAAGAACUGAAAUAAUGAAGAUAAUAAUGCUUGAAUUUAGCAAUUUAUUUUACUACUUGUGGUUUGCAGGCAGUGGUGAAUGACCACACUGUCACAUGUGGCUAAAUAUCAAAAUGAUAGCUGUCAGUAUGAUGCAGUACAGCUCUGAUUUGAUACACCACAACCACUAAUAAAUAUUACUGAUUUUUUUUUCUUCUUAUCCACAGUAAAAUUUUGCAGCUUUGUUGGGUCUCGUUAGAUUGUGCAGGUGUACCUGAUGAAGGGGCAGAUAUGCCCUAACUACAAUAUAGUUGUGCGGUUCUGUGAUGUCGUAUUUUGAAGAUAAAUGCACUUUGAGUUCAUAUUUUAAAAAGAAACAUAUCAGAUCGUUGGGAUUAUAAGGCUGCAGAGUCUGCAGUGUUUUGAGACAAUAUUGUUGGUUCUUCUGUACAUUCCACUGCUGUUUUUUGUUUUGUUUUGUUUUUUAACAAAAAAAAGUGUAAAUUAUGACGCAAAACACUGCCUGACCUGAUCACAAAUUUCACAAAGCACAUUAUUAGUACUAAUGAUAAUAUGAAGCCAAACAAGUUCCAUAUUUUUGUAAACUAACUGAUGUAAAUAACUGGAAGCCACAAGAAACCCACUUGUCUAUUUCACUCAGCUUGUUGAUGUGUUGAUAUGCAGAAUGCAUGUGGCGCCAUCCUCAGGUCAGAUCAGAUAUUAAAAUGGUUUUGUAUUCAUA